UGCUCUCCCAGCCGGCAGGAUUGAAGCAAGAGUUUGGAAUUGCACCACAUUCCACCCGUUAAACAGUAUAAUAUCUGAAUACUUUGUUUUACAAAGUACUAUCGCCGCCAUGACUUUCGAUGUGAGAAGGUUUGAUAUCUACAGGAAGGUGCCUAAAGACCUGACCCAGCCUACCUACACUGGAGCCUUCAUCUCAGUAUGCUGCUGUGUCUUCAUGCUCUUCCUCUUCCUCUCGGAGCUCACUGGAUUCAUAGCCACAGAAAUAGUAAACGAGUUGUAUGUGGAUGACCCCGAUAAAGACAGUGGGGGGAAGAUUGAUGUGAGUGUAAACAUCAGUUUGCCAAACUUGCACUGUGAUUUGGUGGGUCUGGACAUCCAGGAUGAGAUGGGCCGGCACGAGGUGGGCCACAUCGAGAACUCCAUGAAGGUGCCCCUCAACAACGGCUACGGCUGCCGCUUCGAAGGAGAGUUCAGCAUCAACAAGGUGCCUGGAAACUUCCAUGUCUCCACACACAGUGCAACAGCCCAGCCCCAGAACCCUGACAUGACCCAUAUCAUUCACAAACUGGCCUUUGGCGAAAAGCUGCAGGUACAAAAUGUCCAAGGGGCCUUCAACGCAUUAGGGGGUGCAAACCGUCUGGAAUCAAAUGCUCUGGCCUCCCAUGACUACAUUCUGAAGAUCGUCCCAACAGUGUAUGAAGACCUGUCGGGGAGACAACGCUUCUCUUAUCAGUACACGGUAGCCAACAAGGAGUAUGUAGCCUACAGCCACACAGGGAGGAUCAUCCCGGCUAUCUGGUUUCGCUAUGACCUCAGCCCCAUCACCGUUAAGUACACCGAACGGAGGCAACCCUUCUACCGGUUCAUCACCACAAUCUGUGCCAUCAUCGGCGGGACGUUCACCGUGGCGGGCAUCAUCGACUCGUGCAUAUUCACCGCCUCCGAGGCCUGGAAGAAGAUCCAGCUGGGCAAACUGUCAUGAGUUCCCACUCUGAUCUGUCGACCUAUUUAUACAAUUCAGACUCAUUCCUAACCGGCCCCCCCCCCCACUUCUGCUGAUGCCAUCCUUGGUGCAAAGAGUCAUUAUUGCCAGCAGCAGUCAUUCUCUGCCCCUACAACCCCCACCAAACACACACACACACACACACACCACCACCACCUAAAUCCUGUGUGCUCAUACGGACUGUGGACUGAUUUAAAUUACUCCCCCCUCCAAAUCCCCCCUCCCAAUUUACUUAAAUUUUUUUCGAAGACGAAAAUCAUCAUUGUCAAUGUAUAGGAUUUUCUUGAGUUUCAAGAAGGAUAUUUUUCGGAUGUAAUUGACUUUUAUUCAAUGUUUAUGGUGCUCUGUGGCUCCAGUUGCCUAGCAUGAUGUGGAUCCGUGUGAGACCCACCUGUAUUAAACCAUGUCCGUGUGGUCAAUCCUCUGUAGUUACAUAGCCCCCUUUUAUGGUCUUGUCAUGGAGGUCAUGUAUUUGUGUGUCCAGAAAAAUACUGUUUUCAUACUUGGGGAAACCUUCCGUUAAAUAUCCCCAUAGAAUGAACACUGAGCGGCCAUACUCGGUUCACCUAAUUUCGUAUUUAUACUGUGGAACGUUGGAGAAGGUUGUUUAAGGGAUUUUUGAAUCAUUGAUCUGUCAUUUCUGUUUGAGGUACUUGCACAUUUUAUUUGUUGGAUCGGUUUACGAAUUCAUGUUUGUGAGCUUCACUCACAGAAUCAGACUCAACAAUCAGACUUUUUUUUUUUUAAAUCAGUGAUCCAACAUGUCAUGUUUAUCAGUGCCUUCAAGGUCAUACUUUCACAUGAAGAUCAUUUGUUAUGUAUUCAAUACGUCCAGCCUGCGUGCGAUUUCUGGAAGGUCAGAGUUUUGAACCCCAAACUUGACUGCAAAAGCAGGAAGUUAGUUGUUACUCUAGCAGUAGGCUAUGAUGAAAUAGAUAGUCUAGAUUCCCAAUGCAUUCUGGGAUUGGUAUUGCCCGCCACUGCAGACUUUUUAGUUUGUCAUCUCAAUGUUAAAGUGUUACUUCAGAAAAAAAAACUUGAGGGAAAAAAACUAAAAUAACAAAAAAAAAGAGAGAAAGACGGAUGGUGAUUGUCCUACAGUUUGCGAACCAAAGCUUUGUCUGGUGUGAUAUUUUUGUAAGAAUAUUUUCAUGUCUGAAUACUGUUUCUUUUUUUUUGUUUGUUUCUCGAUGAUCUGUGUUAAUGAAGUUGUUCUAAUUGUUUUUACUGGAAAAUGUAGGUAUGUUUAUGUGCAUAAUCUUUCCAGCAUGUUUCAAAUCUAUACUCGGCUUUCACUUCACAGCUGCGUGGUCUGUGCUGUUACAGCUUCUCAGCAAGCUGCGUGUCCCUGUUCACAUAGUGACUGGACUUUUGCUUUCCGUUCCUGUUCACCAAGUGUCUGUGGUAAAACAGUCAUUGUGUUCAUCGUCUCCACGGUCAGAAAUUCAGCGACUUCACCAGCUCCCAGACCUACCGCCUCAAGACGACCUAGCAACCGCGUCAUGUGUAUCUCUUGUCCCCCAUGGCAACGGCACACGACUUUUGUACUCUCUGUCUUCCUCACUCGCCGUCUGUCUGUCUGUCUGUCUGUCUGUCUGUCCUUUUAAGGAACCACGACCUGCAGGCAUUCAAUAUUGUAGGACGUAUACUUGAUGGACAAAACAGCCUGUUGCCAUGUGGACCUCAGUUCUGGUUUGUCUACCUUUUCCAUUGAUUAAAAAAAGUACACAUAAACAAAUGAUGUGCGGGGUCUGUGUUUACGCAUAACACUGCACUCCCUGUCGCUAUUGUGCCGUCUGGUUGUGUCUGAGGACAUCCAGUAGCAUAGACAUCACAAGUGGAUGCUAACCACAUUCAGAGGGCAUUACAUAAGAUAGCAACAAAGAGUGGGAAACACAAUAAGCAUUGUUUCCAAUGCUAAUUCCCAAUCAACAAGCUCAAUGAACCGGAUAGCCUUCAUGUAUCCAUGUGAUCUAGUGCAAUGGAUUUUUUUUGUUUUUACUACUGUUCAAUAAUCAUUUUUUUUUUUUUUGUCAUUACAGUGUUGUCCUGCUUUUAUUUCUUGUAGAAAAGACAUGGCCAGACAGGGAAAAGAAGAUAUAUUGCUUUAUUUUCUCCCAUUCAGGAUUAUUUGUUUUCAGUUUUUAAUAUUUUUUUUACAAAUACACAACAGAAGUAUACUCUUGAGAAAAGGCUAAAUGCAGCUAGUAGAUGAUAUAAAAUACUUAUUCUUCUA